GCUUCCAUAUAAAAGCGUGCGCGCCGCGGAGGCGCGCUCUCUUCCCACGGUCGCUGCUCAACAUGGCUCCGCAGAAAGACAAGAAGCCUAAGAAGUCAACCUGGAGGUUCCAUUUGGACCUUACUCAUCCGGUAGAAGAUGGGAUUUUUGAUUCUGGAAAUUUUGAACAAUUUCUACGGGAGAAGGUUAAAGUCAAUGGGAAAACUGGAAAUCUCGGGAAUGUUGUUCACAUUGAACGCUUGAAGAAUAAGAUCACAGUUGUUUCUGAGAAACAGUUCUCUAAAAGGUAUUUGAAAUAUCUUACCAAGAAGUACCUUAAGAAGAAUAAUCUCCGUGAUUGGCUCCGAGUGGUUGCAUCUGACAAGGAGACCUACGAACUGCGCUAUUUCCAGAUUAGUCAAGAUGAAGAUGGGUCCGAGUCUGAGGACUAGUUGGCCUUUGCCCUUAAUAAAAUGAAAGUAUGCUGAAGUCGGACUUUGUCAGCAAAUAAAAAUCAUUUUACUCUCUAAAA